AUGGCCAAGCGCCUUUUUAACCAUUCUAUUCCCCUCCACUUCCCUUCGGCCCCGGUGAUCGGGGGCCCUGCGUCGAUGGAGGUUCUUUCGUUCCGGGCAGUUGCUCGUAACAAGGCCAGUGUUCGCCAAUUCUCCUCGAAAUCAUGGCGACAGUAUCAAAAAGACAAUAAUUCGGAACAUCAUAAAUCAGGAUUUGGCUCUCGUCUACGAUUUGCUCUGCGGAACACCAAGGUGGAAUGGUACCCUAUCCCUGUGGGACUCGGUAUCGGCUUGUUAGGGUUGCUGCAUUUCUACAAAUCCCAGCGCGAUCGCGACCGUGAUGAUUCUGCAGAAGGUUGGGAGAAUGGGGGUCAACCGCCACGCCGACCUCGAGUUGUGCCGACAGGUUCCUGGCAGGUCCAGAUCAUGUCCACAUUGCCCCUGAAAGCCAUGUCCCGGCUCUGGGGUCGGUUCAAUGAGAUUGAGCUUCCCUAUUAUUUCCGUGUCCCAGGCUUCAAACUGUAUUCAUGGAUCUUUGGUGUUAAUCUUAGCGAGGUGGCAGAGCCUGACCUUCAUGUCUACCCCAAUUUGGCUGCCUUUUUCUACCGCAAGUUGAAACCGGGUGUCCGCCCUCUCGAUCCCGAUCCCCGUGCUCUCCUAUCCCCAUCCGAUGGUCGUAUUCUCCAGUUUGGUACCAUUGAGCGAGGAGAGGUGGAACAAGUUAAAGGCAUGACCUACAGUCUGGAUGCUCUACUGGGAUCAGCGACACCAAGCCAUGCCGACCACAGCAAGCGACUUACUGAUACCCACGCCGAGCAAAACCAAAAGGACGUGGAUAAUAUGAAAUCGGAUGAAGAGUUCGCCAUGAUGAAUGGAAUCUCUUAUACUGUUCCCGGAUUGUUGUCAGGUGACCCUGAUGAGCCAGCCAAGCGUCGUGCCUCGAUCGAUGCCUCCACCGCCUCCAAUACCACUUCCGAAGUACAAGUACAAGAGGAGUUGGCUCGAGGAGAUGGCACAGCCUGGUAUUCUCCCAAGACAUCUGCCAACCAUGCUCUUUUCUACUGCGUAAUCUACUUGGCACCCGGUGACUACCAUCGAUUCCACUCUCCUACUGCGUGGGUUGUAGAGAGCCGUCGCCACUUUGCGGGUGAGCUGUACUCUGUUUCGCCUUAUCUGCAGCGACACCUUCCUGGUCUGUUCACUCUCAAUGAGCGUGUAGCGCUGUUGGGUCGCUGGCGAUGGGGCUUCUUCAGUUACACACCUGUUGGCGCCACCAAUGUGGGCUCAAUUAAAAUCAACUUUGAUUCUGAGCUGCGCACCAACAGUUUGCUGACUGACACAGCUGCGGAUUUGGCGGCGGCCUUGGCAGCUCAGCGCGGCGAGAAAGAUCCCGGAUUUGUGGAGGCCACUUAUCGCCACGCCAGCCGUACUCUUGGUGGACACCCCUUGCAGCGUGGAGAGGAGAUGGGAGGAUUCCAGCUGGGCAGUACUGUUGUAUUGGUCUUUGAAGCACCUUUGAGUUCACGCCAAUCACCAGAUGCUGGCUGGCCUGACCAGGAUCAGGGAGAUGGAUGGACCUGGACUGUUCAAAAGGGCCAACGCAUUAAAAUGGGUGAGAAGCUGGGAUAUGUGGGCGAAGCAUGA